AUGUCUUGUGGAAAGCGACCUCUUGUCAAGAACUGGGAUAAACCUAAAAAAUUGCGAGUCAUUACUGCAUCUAAAUAUGAACAAAACGAGGCGUCCGUUAAAGUUCAUUGGAAAAACGUUAUACGUACUUUGGAGUUGUCAUACAAAGAUGAACAGUUCUGGGAUUCACAUUACCAAGACGUACGAGAGUUGGUGGGACCCGUGAUCUUUAAUAGAAUCACUAAGAUUUUCAAUCUGCCAGCAGACGAUAAGGCUUACGAACCUAUGUCGGAAACAUCAUCCCCUGAACCUUCCGAAUUGUUUUAUCGUACAACUGCGACGUCACAGAGUCGCAUGCAACCCACUUUUUCAAUGAGCGAUUUCGAUACAUCAAUGUAUGACGAAAUAGAGGAAGAAGAUGAGGGUAUACCGGAUGAACAAUCGGAAUUAUGGAGCGAGUCAUCGAUGCAAUCUGCUGAUUUAAGAAAAUCGUCUCGAUCUAAAUCAAUGACCAGGUCAAAAUCAAUGACUAGAUCCAUGAGUACAACAAAGGCUCAAAGAAAAUCAAUGUCGAAAUCAUUUUCCCGACUGAUGUCAAAAGGGAUAAUGAAAUCAACUUCGAGGCAAUCUAGAGCAUUCAAGUCUGAACUAUCACUGGCUGAUGAAUCUGCUCAUUCAUCAGAUGAUUUGAUAGUUCACGCAAGCUCGAUGGCAGUCAGACGUUCGCCAUUUCGAAAAUUAUUAAGAAAUCCACACUUUGAUAUGCUGUACUGUAAUAAAUCAGAAACGGAUAUGAUUAAAUGGAAUUCGAAGUAUAAACAGAAAGCGUUUGAAGUCUCCGCGUCUGAUGAAUUUAGUAAGAAAGCGGAAAUUUUAACUAAGAAGAUUGCGAAGGAAUUUUAUGAAUGGUGGGUCGGAUUGGGUAACGUCGAAUUCAAAAGUGAAAUAAAACGUCCAGAAGAUAUUGAAGAUCUGUUCCAAGUAUGGUUCGACGAACACGCUUCCAGAGGGCUUGUUUUAGAUCCAAGAAUUCUUCCUUGUGUGUUACAAAGUAUUGCUGAGUAUGUUGGAGUUAAAAAGGCUGCUUGCCCGAGCGUAUUGAAGCGGCAAAUAGCACAUGACAUUCACGCUGAGACGAGUCCUGCUCACACCCGAGCGUUUGGAACCUGUCUACCACAAAAGAGUAAACACAUACCACCCAAGAACAAUACCUUGGAGAUGUGGCACUCCGUGAAGAUACCGGAAGACUUGAAAUCAAUGGCAUGUGUUUGGGAUGACAUACAGCAUCUAACGUCAACUAAGGCUUUCCAUAAAUGGCUUCAGAAGCGACCACACUUACCGAUGCCGCCAUUCUUCAAAUCAUUGGAAGCACCAGGCGAGAAGAACCAACCGUUUGUUGUACCAUCUGACUUUGUCGUCAAAGAUAAAGCUUCCUCAAUAUCGACACAGGAGCUCGCUCUUCCCGUUUCCGAGUUUGAUUUAGAAUUGAAGGAAGUGCUCAGCAGACUCCUGAAUGAAUAG